CGGCACUGCUUAUUAGGACAAAUAUGGGACGACCUUGGGAGUAGCGUGAGGCUCGUGCAGGACCCCAUAAGGUUGCGCCGCAAGGUGUUAUAAAUCAGAAUAUUGUUGUUGCGUACGAAAAUUCUGACUUUUUUGCGCACGAAAUCUUUCAGAAUAGAAUCUACGCACAGUCUUAUAAAUGGGGCCGCGGGCUGGAUGCAUAGUGACGAAUAUCAGCGCAUUGACAUUUGUAUUCUUCCGCAGCUGCGUUUAUUUUGUCAAAUAAAAUUCAAACGUGACUCAGUCGGUCACUUAGGAGAGCGGACGGAUGAUAAUUGAUACUUUUUGUACUAUCCGCUUUAACUGUCUAUGGUUCUAUGAUUAGGCGUACGUAAAAAGAAACCCAUUUGGCCUUCAGUAACAGUGCCUGAGUGAAUGGAGUGAACGGAGGACUAUAUUUGAAUAUCCCGCUGUGCCAGGCCAGUCCUCCGAGCUCCAACGAGGCGGAGAAUGAGAUUCACAACCAGCUCUCUCCCGUCCAGCACAGGCAGCCUCGGCGAGCUCUGCUGGUACUGCUCACUGAAGCCAACGAGCGCUGGAACAACAUAUAAAAGCAACUUCGGAAUACUAUACAGCUUUCAUUAACACUAGGAGCCGAUACAGAACAACAGUGUCGCCGAGUCUAGCAUUUAAUCCAGUUUACCCCCCCCUUUUCCCCCUCUGGAGAUGCGUCGCUUGGAGGACUAUUAGCGGACAGCGCUGCACAUCGAAGCCGGGAUGAGUGGGAGCUCCACGGUGUCCGGCGCGGCGCCCUGCCGCUUCGACCAUUACUUUGCUGUUUGUGGGAUAGACACGGAAACUGGACUGGAACCGGACGAACUAGCAGAAUAUCCACGAAUAAUGAUGGACGUUGCUGCCACUUGCACAAAGAGCGAAGAUGAGAGUCCAGUAGUUCUCACAGCGGUGCCUGAAAUGACCUGGGAUGAACUGACUGAGAAGCAGCCGUGUUCACCUGAUGUCUCGGAGAAUCCUCAAACCAAGUCGAGUUCAGUGGCAUCAGAAAACAGGAUGCAAAUACAAAAGAAAAGAAAAAAAUUGAAGCUCACCAACAGUGUUCCCUGGAAGGAGGUAAAUCCACGUUCCAAGCUAAAUUCAGAAGUUGAUAGGAUUCAGAUUCAGAACAUAGUAUCACUUUUUACAAACCAAAGUGAAGGUGCAAGUGGAGAUGCAGGUGGAACUGGUCCAUUAUACCCUAAACGUGACAGUGGUCCUCUCUCUGAAGAUGAGACUGAUGAUGAUGAUGAUGACUGGUUAUUCAUACCUAUAAGCAUAUCAGACCUUAAAUUUGAAUCAGAUAACGAAGACCAGGAUAGCCCAGAAAUACAUGUGAUAGAUGGUGGGGAAACGGGAGACCAAGAAAGACAAUGUGACACAAACCCAACACACUGGCCAUCUCCGAAGCCAGUACCAGCAUCUCCUUCCCAGAUUGAGACAUUUGACACUUUGGCCAGCUUUAUGAAACAAGCGUUAUGCAGGAGCACACCGGAACAUGGACUGGACUCUGAGGGAAAACCACAACCAACUAAGAACAGGAGAGAGUCUGUAGACAGCUGUGCAACUGAAGACAGUUGUGAUUACUCCUCUUCAUUAGGACACAACUAUUUGACAGCGUCCAGGUUGAGGUCAGAACCUCUGCUCAUAGAGACAGAUGAUUCGGAGGGUGAAGGCAAUGAUGUUACAAAUAUGCCAACAAGUCCAAACAAGAGCUUGGACAAGUCGGGCAUGAAAAGCCUUAGAAAGACCAAUGGACAAAACAUUCCACGAAAGGAUGACAUUAUAAUCCUUGAUUCGGAGGAUGAAAGUGACCAAAACUGCAAAAAGAAGGCUGAAACCAAAGGAAGGCCUGAAACUAUGGACCGUAGGCGUGGAACUGUUAAAGAAAAGUUUAAAAAAAAACGGCCGCUACCUGUUGACUCACCGGCACCGCAGCACCAACCCAUACAUCAGGACACACCGUUUGAAGAAGUGACGCGGGAUGCGUGCUCCGACCCGUCUCCCAGCACCAACAGAAAAAAGAUUUCAAAAGAAGAAAGUGUUAUAAUCACUGACUCUGAAUCAGACGAUGACUUCUGGAUCAGCUGGCAUUGUUUUUGAAUGUCUUGUGACAAGGGGAAACUAAUGUUAACUUUUUACGAGCUACCCCAAAUUGUAUUCAAAUUCACCGUUACGUUAAAUCUUUUUCAUCUUAAACUUAACAGAUAUUUUGAUCCUUUUCUCAAUAUGUGACAUUUUUGGAUACAGUUUUUUUUAACUUUCGUAAACUAUAGCCAAUGUGGUAUCACUUUUCAAAAUGUUAAUGUGAAAAUGCAUAAAAAGGCAUAAAUGGAUUCAUUGCU